AUGACACAAAGAAAAGGAACGAAGACUGUAGAGAAGCAACACAGAUCUUCGAAAAUAAUAGAAAGGAAAUAUAUACCGCUGGACACCGAACUACUUGAGCAAGCUGAAACUCUUUUGCUGAAAAGAAGCCAAGAUAAAAGUUUCAGAGAAGACAUCAAGUGCCUUCAGCAAGGGAAGCAAUUAGAGGGCAGCAGCAAAUUGAAAAGGCUCGACGUAAUACUAGAAGAGGGUCUCCUGCGGCUGAAAGGAAGAAUCGACGCGAUACAGGGUGUGACCAGGGACUACAAACGACCCAUCGUGCUCGACAGCAAGGACAAGACAACACAACUCAUCAUAGAAGAAUUCCACUGCCGCUUCAAUCAUGGAAAUCACGCAACGAUGAUGAAUGAAAUACGACAACGCUUCUGGAUACUCGGUCUAAAGCGUGGGGGUCCAGAGUGA